GCCUCUUUAUCUGACACCAACCAAUAAGCUCAGAGAACCCACAACUUCCGGUCCUUCAUACGAACACAUGUUAGCUAGCAUCUCUAUCUUCAAACAACUCCGAAGUAGCUAAAAACGCUACUAAAUAUGGUCCAGUUGACCAGGAUCUGUUUCAGGAAGUAUGGAAACUUUGUGGACAACCUUCGUCUGUACAUCCGUGGAGGCACUGGUGGCAUGGGUUUACCCCGGCUUGGUGGACAGGGAGGCAGUGGCGGAGACGUGUGGGUGGUGGCCACAAAGAACAUGACCCUGAAAAAGGUUAAGGAUAAGUAUCCCCAGAAACGCUUUGUAGGUGGAACAGGAGGCAACAGCAGUGUUAAAGCACUGAAAGGAGAGAAGGGGGAGGACAAGGAGAUCUUAGCUCCCACUGGCAUCACUGUCACCUCUGAUGAUGGCAGAAAAAUUGGUGAGCUGAAUGCUGAAGGUGAUCGUGUGAUGGUGGCAAAGGGAGGAUCUGGAGGCUCCUUCUACUCCUCAUUUCAGCCUAGUAAAGGCCAGGCCAAACACAUCCGUUUGGAUCUUAAACUUAUUGCUGACAUGGGAAUGGUGGGGUUUCCAAAUGCAGGAAAGUCCUCUCUUCUGACAACUUUGUCUAAUGCAACACCUCAAAUAGCUGACUAUGCUUUCACAACUUUGAAGCCACAGAUCGGUAAACUGAUGUAUAAAGAUCAUAAGCAAAUCUCUGUUGCUGAUCUUCCAGGCCUAAUUGAGGGAGCUCACAUAAAUAAAGGAAUGGGCCAUAAGUUCCUGAAACAUGUGGAGAGGACUAAGCAGCUGCUGUUUGUGGUGGAUGUUUGCGGUUUUCAGCUGGCUAGUAAAACACCGUUUAGAUCAGCUUUUGAAGCUGUGCAACUCCUCACCAAGGAGCUGGAGCUGUACAAAGAGGAGCUUGUGUCGAAACCUGCUCUACUGGUGGUGAAUAAGAUGGACCUGCCCAACGCUGAGGACAAACUGCAAGAACUGACCGAGCAACUACAAAACCCAGAUGAAUUCUCCGAUUUGUUGCCUGAUGACAUGAUUCCAAAGAACUACAUAAACUUCAGACAUGUGGUUCCGGUCUCUGCCAUCACAGGGUUCGGCAUCGACUAUUUGAAAAAGAGCAUCAGAGAGUCGCUUGAUGAAGACGCAGCCUUCUCAUUGAAGGCUAUCCACAAUGAAAGGCUGCAGGCACUGAGGUACCAGUCACAUGAGCAUUCAUGAUCUAAAGGGACAUUUCAGAUGUCAGUGGGACCUGAGCGUGCAGGGUUGGUCUGACUGUCAGAUUACAAACACUGAACGUCGUCACAAUCCACCUGUAGCAACAGAAAAUGUGGCUUCAGUGUAGACCUGCAUGGAAGAUGACAGGGAACAGUGUUUGUACUUGUCAUCACUCCAUCACUGUGUCAUUGUGAGACGAAGGGCCAGAGGCAUGGAAUGAUACAGACAGAGACAGAUGCACUUUACACAACCACUUCCUUUCGGUUUCAUUAAAGGUAAACUGUUCUUGUUUUAUUGACAUGUUCUAAGAAACCAUAUUUAGUGCUGUUAAAGACAUGGAUAUUGUUGCAUCGCAGGUUUGAUGCUCAUUUUGUUGUAAUGAGGUGUUUUGCAGUAAACCCGUUCAGAUUCUCAACAAGUUAAAAUAAACGUGUUGAUGAAAGUUUUA